UAUUAUGCAUUGAUCGUUUCAAAUGAAAAGUUAACUUAUUUGUUGGAUGUACGCCAUACGGCAUCAAGUAAAUAUUAAAUAUUCCAGUGGCAAAAUGAAAAUUUGUGCAAUACUUUCAAUAAUAUUUUUACCUUUAAUAAAUUGUUAUAAUUUAUCAGCUGAUAAUAUAAAUUGUGUUUUGUUUAGAACAUACAUUGAUUAUCGAAUUAUACAAGCAUCAAAACCUGAACAAAUUUUAGCACAAGAUAUAUUUAAUCCUUUACGAAAAACUGUAAUGUUUAUUCCUGGCGAUGAAACAACACUUGAUAAUCCAAAUGUUCGUCCAUUGUUAGAAUCCUAUAUCAAUUCAAAACAAUACAAUGUGAUUCAUAUGGAUGCUUAUAAAUACACAAGUGAAAACGCGCCAGGUCUUAUGGGUGAAAUACUGCAUUGGCUUGGCGACCUUUAUGCUUCUAUUCUUUCUACAUUAAUAAAACUGGGCCUACGUGUGGAUGAUAUACAACUUGUGGGACAUUCAUAUGGAGCUAGUAUUGCUUAUUUAGUAGCAAAACAAACAACUCCAAAAUUACCAUUAUUGGUUGGCUUAGAUCCAGUUUUUUAUGAUUAUUUUCAAAAAGGAUAUGCAGAUUAUACAAUUGUAUUACAUUCAAAUAUAGGACAAAUUGGUACCCAUUUUUAUAAUUCGGCCGAUUCAAAUCUAAUAGCCAAUGAUGGUACAAUUCAGCCAAAAUGUACUGAUCGUAAUGUUUUUGAAAUUGAGUCUGACGAAGAACUAGCCAAGGUCAUAAGAUGUUCCCAUGUAGCUGCAGCAGGAUAUUGGGCAGGUAUGAUAGAAAAUCCGGAAUUAUUUUUUGGCGUUCAAUGUAAUGCAACUGAUUGCAACUAUGCUUACAUUGUACAGCUUGGGCCAAAUUUAAGGAAACCAGGACAGUUUUAUUUUAAAACUAGCAAAAACGCACCUUAUGGUUUGGGCUUGGAUGGUGUAAAGAAUAUUACCCCAAUCAAUACUGACCUUUUGAAGGUUUAUCAUUAUAAUCUAUUCCAGGAUCGAUUGGAUGAGGCUAAGAUGCUCCAAGCUAAUUACAUUUCGGAUAUAUAUAACUAUGAACAUCAUAUUCAUUUGAAUAAUUUUAAUAAAAAGUAAUGGACUGGUACUUAA